UUCGACGAGACGGCCUGCUGGAUCACCGUGGGCAACUGCCUGCACAAGACCACCGUGCUGGCGGGCACCGCCUAUCUCUUCACCCCGCUGGCCCUGCCCUUGGAUUACUCCCACUACAUCUCGCUGCCCGCCGGCGUGCUCAGCCUGGCCUGCUGCACCCUCUACAGCAUCUCCUGGCAGUUUGACCCCUGCUGCAAGUACCAGGUGGAGUACGACGCCUACAAACUGUCCCGUCUGCCCUUGCACACACUCACUUCCUCCACCCCGGUGGUGCUGGUCCGGAAGGACGACUUGCACAGAAAGAGACUGCACAACACGAUAGCACUGGCCGCCCUGGUGUACUGUGUAAAGAAGAUUUACGAACUCUAUGCCGUAUGAUUGCAGUAGGACGGGGAGAGAAGCAAACGACCCAGCCCACGAGAGACGACCCG